UCUCGCGCGCGGCAGGAAGUGCAGGGGCUUGAGCCGCCCGGCGGCCGCGAUGCAUUGUGGGACAGCAGCAGCACCAGACCCAAGAUGGCGGCCAGCAGGAGGCUGAUGAAGGAGCUGGAAGAAAUCCGCAAGUGUGGGAUGAAAAACUUCCGUAACAUCCAGGUUGAUGAAGCUAAUUUAUUGACUUGGCAAGGGCUCAUCGUUCCUGACAACCCUCCAUAUGACAAGGGAGCCUUCAGAAUCGAAAUCAACUUCCCAGCAGAGUAUCCAUUCAAACCACCUAAGAUCACAUUUAAAACAAAGAUUUACCACCCUAACAUCGAUGAAAAAGGGCAGGUCUGUCUGCCAGUCAUUAGUGCUGAAAACUGGAAGCCAGCAACCAAAACUGACCAAGUCAUCCAGUCCCUCAUAGCACUGGUGAACGACCCCCAGCCUGAACACCCCCUUCGGGCUGACCUAGCUGAAGAGUACUCUAAGGACCGUAAAAAAUUCUGUAAGAACGCUGAAGAGUUUACAAAGAAAUAUGGGGAAAAGCGGCCCGUGGACUAAAUCUUCCAGGAUUGCUUCCAAGCAGGGCGAGCGGAGAUCUGGAGCAGUGCAUUUCCAACACCCGCAACCAGGACUCUUUGGGAAAUUGACAGGGGCCACCUCCUGGCGUUAACUUGUGGCAGUUACUAACUUCCUACCGUUUUCUUAAUCAGAAGUGGUUUAGGUAAACCUGUAAAGAAAGGAUUAAAAAUUUACGAUGUUCUAGUUCUGAUUUCUUUGUUUAAAAAUCACUGCUUCAAUCUACCUUCAAGGACGCUGUGUUCUUUUCUUGCCCAACUCCAGCCCAAAUCUUCAGUCGCUCUUCAGGUUUAAAACAGAAAGUUAGUGAGCGGUGCCCACUCCUCGCCCCUCCCUUCCCCUCUGUAGGGAUUAUUUUAUUGCAUUCAUUUUAAUCGCACUCCCUUUCCCUGGAACAAUGCCUUGGAACCCCCUAUUCAACCUCUUCCUUCCCCCCUACCCCCAAGCCCUGAAAGAAAAUAGCGUAAAAUCCAGCAGUCCCAUUGCUUUCCCCUCCCGGGCCCUGUGCUUUGAGAUGCGGGUUGUGAGUUUGUAACAUCUGAGAAACCCAAAUGAGGCCCGAGCCAAGGGUGAAGUCUGUGAUGAGGAAGGAGCCUGGCUGUUGUGUAAAUCUGGCUGAUGUUAUCCAAAUGAUGUCGAUUAAAUGGCAAACCCCC